AUGCCUUUACCAGAUGCUGUUAGAACAAGCAUCUUAUCAAGAAAAUGGAGAUAUAAAUGGUGUAGAAUUCCACAACUUACUCUUGAUCGAACACUUUGGAAAAUACACCAAAUAAGUUACAUUGAAAAUAUUAUCCGCCACAUUUUGACCCGUUAUGGAGGACCAGGGAAACCAUACAAAUUGCCUGCUUCAUUUUUCAAAUGCGUGCAUUUGAGGCAUCUAUCUCUUGAAGAUUGUUUAAUAUCUCAUCCACCAGCCUUCAGAGGUUUUGAAAGGUUAAUUAGCCUGAAGCUAUACAAUGUUACAAUCUUGUCCACAUUGCUUGGAAGCUUAAUCUCUCAUUGCCCAUUGCUCGAGCAAUUGGUGCUUCAUCUCCCAGAUAAUUACCGCGGUGUCAUUGAAAUUAAUGCCCCCAAAUUGAAGUCCCUUGACUUCACAAGCAGAGUGGAUAAUAGUGGGGUACCUAUAGCACUGGAUAAUCUUGAUUUGGAAGGAAGUUUUGGAGAUACAACUUUCAAUAACCUUAGUAUAAUUGUGAUUAGGAGCAUUCAAGGGAUAAAUCCUCACAUGCAAUUGUUGAAGCUUCUUUUGGCAAAGUCUCCGGCUCUUAUGAGAAUCAUAAUCGAGGCAUUGACCUAUAAAGAUUAUGAAAUUCUCAAAUCACUAAUUGAGCAUUCAGAAUUUAGCAUAUUCCAAAAUGCUUCUACGAGCACAUUCCUGAAGCACAUACCACCGCAGUUCUUCAAUAUGGUGGCAAAGAGUGGUUUAUGGGAUUGCAAGUUGGUGAGCAUAGAUGGCUCAAAGACAGCUGAAAAAGUUUUGUGA